AUGGGACAAGAGUUAGAUGAGAUGAAUGACACUCAACGGGCUUUGGAGGAGGCUUUUGAUGUGGAGUCUGCAGGAGACUUGGAGAUUGAACUCGAAGUAGAAGGAGGAGAGGAAGACAUAGAAGGAGAAGAAGGGGAGGAUGGCAUUGAACACGAGGAGGAGGAUGAGUAUAUUUUCAGAUUUAAGAGUGGGGUGAACCCUUUGGAUUUUGUAGGAGAUGGUGUCUCUGGUAUCCAAAUGUACCAACGAUUUGAGCGGCUUGAGUAUGAAGUUCUAGCUGAGAAGAAACGUAAAGCACUUGCUGACAGUGAUGGCAGUGAAGCACCAGCAAAGAAGGCUAGACAGGAGGAUAUUUCUGCAGCAAGCAUGGAAGAUAUAAUGGAGGCUAUUAAUUAUACCUGUCGGAAAAGAUCAAGGAAGGCUAUAUCUGUUCUAAGUGAAGUUGUUCGGCUUGCACCAAAUUUGCCAGAUCCAUACCAUACGCUAGGACUUGUUCAUGACGCACUUGGUAAUAGAAACAUAGCUUUUGAGUUUUACAUGCUUGCAGCAAAUUUUUCACCAAGAGAUUCAUCUCUAUGGAAACUGCUUUUCACCUGGUCCAUGGAGCAGGGAAAUGCACACCAAACGUGGUAUUGCCUUUCUAAGGCAAUAACUGCAGAUCCACAAGAUAUCAGUCUUAGAUAUCAUCAAGCAUCACUCUACAUAGAGCUUGAAAAUUAUCAAAAAGCUGCUGAGUCAUAUGAGCAAAUUCAGCGAUUGUCACCCAGUGAUUUUGAGGCAGUCAAGAUGGGAGCAAUGCUAUACCAAAAAUGUGGUCGGACUGAGCAAUCUAUUAGUGUUCUGGAGGAAUAUUUUAGGAGUAAUCCUUGUGAAGCUGAUUUUGGUGUGAUUGAUCUUCUUGCUGCUAUUUUGAUGGAAACUAGGGCGCAUGACAGAGCUCUUGAGCAUAUUGAUCAUGUCCAGAUGGUUUACUAUUCAGGAAAAGAACUGCCUUUGAACUUACAAAUUAAGGCAGGAAUCUGUCACCUUUUUCUUAAAGAUUUGGAGAAGGCAGAGGUUUUGUUCAGUGCCCUGCAACCAGAUAGUGCACAUGAUCAUGUUGACUUGAUUACUGAAGUUGCAGACUCUUUUAUGAGUCUUGAACAUUUUAACCAUGCACUGAAGUAUUAUCAAAUGUUGGAAACAAAUGCUGGAGACAUUGAUAAUUCAGCUCUGGAUAAAUCUGCGGAGAAUGUUGAUGCCCGAGUAACAUUGGCUUCCCUCCUUGUUGAAGAUGCUAAGGAACAUGAAGCAAUUUCUUUACUCUCUCCUCCAGAAAAUUCAGAUCCAGACAAUAUGGUUCCAAUUGAUAAAUCUACACCAUGGUGGCUUAAUGAGAAAAUAAAACUGAAGCUUUACUGCAUUUAUAGAGAUAAAGACAUGCUUGAAGAUUUUGUUACAAUCUUCCCUUUGGUUCGUGAGGCGCUUUAUAUUGAAACUCUUCGGCAAAAGGUUAAGGCAAGGAAAAAGCUCACAAAAAGUGUUCUCAAGCAAAGAUCCGAAAGAUUUGAUGAUCAGCAAACUGAUAAUGUAUUUCCUGGGUGUAGACCGAUUCUUCAUCCAUUGGAGCGGGCUCUGUGUUAG